AUGUAAUAUGUUCGCUUUCUUCAAAAGCUUAUAAGAUAUUGCUUAAUCUUUGCUGCAAUCGAACUUUUUACUCAAAAUCAGUGAAAUUCUUUCAGCAAAAUCAAAAAAUGGGUCAGAUUCAGUACUCUGAUAAAUACUUCGAUGAUACUUACGAGUACAGGCAUGUUGUUCUUCCUCCUGAAGUGGCCAAACUUCUACCAAAGAAUCGCCUCCUCUCUGAAAAUGAAUGGCGUGCUAUCGGGGUGCAACAGAGUCGUGGUUGGGUCCAUUAUGCUAUUCAUCGCCCUGAACCUCACAUCAUGCUGUUCAGGAGGCCUCUCAACUAUCAGCAGCAGCAGGAGAAUCAGGCUCAGCAAAAUGUGCUUGCCAAGUAAUGAUAGUAGCGUUUAGUAAUCAAUAACCAGAAAAAAUGGAUGGAAACAAAAUAGUUAUCUAGUGUUUGUGAUCUGCAUAAAUGUUUUGUAUGUUCUGGAAUCACUGGUAGUUAUUGUGAUUCUCUACUGUGGUAGAAAUUGGUGUUAGGUUUUUUACUCUCUACUUGGAUGUUGAUGGCAUAAUGGCAUGGCUACUGCUAGUAUCUUGGAUGUUUGAUGGUUUGCAUCUGGUUUAUUGCCUAGAUGGUGUGAUGAAAUUCUUCUUGAACCAAUUGAUUU